ACCAUGGAGACCAGGGACCAGAGCUGGGCCUCGGUGCACAGGGGGCAUGCAGCCUGCAGGAACCGCGGAGGCCUUCCCCAAGCUGCGCGGGUCUCGCCCGCCACCCGGCGGCCACCAGAGGCGCCUCUGCCUUCUCGGGGCUCCGCCCCGCCCCGCGCCCCGGAACCCUGCUGAGGGCGCGGGCGUGCGGCAGAGCUGACCGCAGGACCCCCGGAGGCGGACGGCGAGGCAUGGCGACGCGGGUCCGCGGCUUCUCGCUGCUCCGCAGCCGCCUGGGCCGAGGGCCUGCGCGGACCCCGGGCGUGGCGGAGCGCGCGUGGCGGGGUUUCGGGAGCAGCGGCCGGAGACACGAAGCCAUUAUCAUCUCAGGAACUGAAAUGGCCAAACAGAUUCAGAAAGAAAUACAGCAAGGUGUGGAAUCAUGGAUCGCUCUUGGGAACAGGAGGCCUCACCUGAGUAUCAUUUUAGUGGGAGAUAACCCGGCAAGCCACACCUACGUCAGGAAUAAGAUAAAAGCUGCUUCUGCUGUAGGUAUCUGCAGCGAGCUCAUCAUAAAGCCCCAGAACAUUUCUCAGGAGGAACUUUUGGAUAUCACAGAUCAACUGAACAUGGACCCAAGAGUCAGCGGCAUACUAGUUCAGUUACCGCUUCCAGACCACGUGGGCGAGAGAACAAUAUGCAAUGGUAUUGCUCCAGAAAAAGAUGUCGAUGGAUUUCACAUUCUCAAUAUUGGAAGACUGUGCCUCGACCAGCAUUCGCUGAUACCCGCCACGGCCAGUGCCGUUUGGGAAAUCAUCAAAAGAGCAGGAAUUGAAACAUUUGGGAAAAACGUGGUGGUGGCAGGACGAUCCAAGAACGUUGGCAUGCCGAUCGCCAUGCUGCUGCACACGGACGGAGAACACGAGCGACCUGGGGGUGAUGCAACAGUGACAAUCGCGCACAGAUACACCCCCAGAGAACAGCUGAAGGCCCAUACUCAGCUAGCAGACAUUAUCAUAGUGGCUGCAGGUAUUCCCAGGCUGAUUACAGCUGACAUGGUCAGAGAAGGCGCAGCAGUAAUUGAUGUGGGUAUCAACUAUAUACAAGAUCCUGUGACGGGAAAGACCAAGUUAGUUGGAGAUGUGGACUUUGAAGCUGUUAAGAAGAAAGCCAGCUUUAUCACGCCAGUCCCAGGAGGUGUGGGACCCAUGACUGUGGCCAUGCUUCUGAAGAACACACUUCUGGCUGCAAAGAAUAUCACCUACUAGAUCACAGCGGGGACUACGCAAAAUGGAUACUGCUGCUUAUUUAUCUGACAACCGGCGAAAUCCUUUCUAUUUUACUACAAAGUUAUUUAUUUCUACAUGUAUUUAUUUUUUCAUGAGUGGAAUCAUUCUGGAACUGAUUAUUUACAUGACUUUAUGGAUUUCUUGCUAAUAGAUUUGAGUCUUAAGAAAAGAAUCAGAACAAUUCCAAUAACGAUUGUGGUAAUAAUUCUUUAUUUUAUGGAUAUUUGUUCAUAAUGUUAAAACAAAUAAAGAGUUCAUAUUUAAUAAAUAUAUUUUUGACAUAACCUAAGUGUUACACACUGUAUGUUUUUUAAAAAAGAAAAACCGUUUUACCAGCUCAAUGGAAGCCAUGUAAACUGUAACUUAGGUUUUGUUUUCACCUUGAUCAUGUAUACACUCUGUACUCUGGGUUGUCUGUGGAGAAGAGCAGUCUACAAGGCAACUCUGUGGGAAAUUAAAGAAAUGAAAGCUAUUCCAAGAAGCAAAGGCCGCAACAACACUUGAAACACUAAGAAUGGUUACUUUGUGUAGUGUAAGGCCACGCGUGUUAGGUUCCCACACCAGUCAGUUCAGUUCACUAAUGACAUUAGCAAACUCUCCAAACAUAUGGAUGGACAAAGGCAAACUAAAGUGUUUCCCCACAAACAUCAACCAAAUACAAUGCAGAUAUAGCAUGACUGAAUCUGUCAUUAAGUAACUGUGAUAUGUUUAUUAUGGGGGGCAGAAAUCGGAUAGAAUUGUAAUGCAGUAAUUUUGUUAAAACUGAACCCAUGGAUAUAACGAAUAGCUAGUUCUUUGUGCACACACAUCUUCUCUUUCCUAGGAUAGCAUUUGGUUCCUAACACAGAUGCUGUGUUUCUAACACAAUUUUAAGUUGGGAAAUGUGUAUGACUAUUACUUGAAGGUUAUUUAACAACUAGAGCCAUAUAAUUGGUACUGUGGUUUCAUGCCCAAGUCUCAGUAUGUUUAUGUACUAAUAAUGAUCCUUGUUCAAUGCAUGUCUUUAUCAGUGUGCCUCUUGUGUGGAAGUAGACUAGAUGUUUAUCACUAACAUUGCAACUGUCCAAUAAAAACAUUUUGAAGAAUUAUA